CUGAGGCAACGAACGACAGAGGCCGGCCGGCUCCGCCGCCUCUAGCCCGGCCCCCUGGAGGCUGGCGCGCAAGGCGGCAGAGUCGGGCAUGCCAUGGCGCUGGCGGAACUGGCCUCUCGCCUCAACUGCGCCGAGUACAAGAACUGGGUGAAGGCCGGGCACAGCCUGCUGCUCUUGCGGGCCGCCCUGCAGCGCUUUGCCGGGGAGCAAGUGCAGGCCUUUCACCGCCAGCUCGUCGCGCGCUCCUCCGCGCGCCUCAGCCCGUCGGGCCUCCGCUGCCGCGGGCGCUGCACCCCUCGAGGCAAGCAGGUGAGGCUCCGCCCUGGGAAGCGGAGGUCGGAGGGGGCUCCUGCCUCGCUUUGCCUGGUCGCCCCUCUCCCGCCAAAAGCGCGUUCGAGAAACAAACACCCGACCCUUUCCGAAGUGCACGUGGCGCGCCCCAGAGGUCCCUUCAAUGCCGGGGGCGGGGAACUACUUUUGCUCAAUCAAAGAGGAGGGAACGAUUUUGAACAGGAAAACAGGAGAAGGGGUUCCGCAUCCCUCUUUUCUCGCGCGGAAAGAUACGCGCCGCGCUCGUGGCAAGUUUCGGCCAGAACAAAGAACUCCGGCUUGUCUCGGAUCUCGAGCGCUUUCUGUAAAACUGUUUCUUUCGAACAGUGCCCCCUUCUGCAAGCCGAGAGAUUCCCUGCUUUAUAAUGCAGUACUGUACAGCAUACUGCGCGUUUUCCUAUCCUUUUAAUGUAUUAUAAUUUCAUUUGUUUAUAUAUAAGCUCAGGGGCAGCGCAACACGGCCAGUUCUCUCGCUUCUUUAUUUUAAUGUGGUUGCAGAACUUCCGUUAUUUCAUUGUGAAAUACUGAAAUAUUUUCUUCUAUUAUAGUGAAGCAAUAGCUGCAGUGAUGGCACCUGGCAUCCUUGAGAAAUUUGAAAUGUUCAAGAUGGUUGCCAAAUUAGUUUUGAUGUGAAGGAAGAAAUCCCAAGAAAUGCCAUUAAUUCUUAGAUUUAAAAAAAAAACAUUAGGGAUGCUAGUUACAAACAUGAAGGAUGCUGAGCAAUUUUAUUUUUAGAGUGCCACUAUGAUGCACCUACAAUCGUUAAUAAAAAUGCACAGUUGUUUCAUGGUGCCAGUUUCACUUUUGCUUUGCAGCAGAGGGGAGGUGGGCAGAGGGUUGCUUUUCUGUUCCAGAUUAUGUAAUCUCUCAUUGGAUUGUCUCAUUUGGGGUUUAAAAUGUGUAUUUGAUGCCAUUAGUAGCAUGAUGGCAGCCAAGCUUUGGAAUGGUACAUCAAACUAAAUUCCACAUCAAACUAGACAUCCAGGUUUUAGCUUUUGGCACGCCAUAUAUUUUGGGGCAAAAUGUGCACCUUCAGUCGCAAUCCUAAACAUCAUAGCUGAUCGGGGAAUAUUAUGUGUAGAACUGCUAAUUACAGACCCCAAAUGAAAUCCUUACAAGGAACAAUCUUAGAGGUUUUGAAGGCUUACAGUGAUGUUGCGUGCAGGCAAGAUAAGUGAGAAUGAUUAGAGAAGUCAGUGUGCAGCAGCUGAUACAACAUAUUGCACUGAUCGCAUACAUAGCAGUGAACUUUGUUCUGCAAUCAAGGCUUCAAAGAGAAACAGUUUCACUAAUGGAAGCAGGCCAGGAUUUUCAAAACAUCGUAAUGAAGAGACCCUGCCCUCUCAGAGUACUUGCACAGAAUUAUUUGAAUCAGAACUUCUUACUUUAACAUCUAUGGAUAGUUAAUUUCAUGUUUUGAAAAACUGCUGCUGGUGUGCUUUACUUAGCACCAGAUUAAGAUAAUGACCAGGUACCACUAUGAAGGUUGCAAAGAAAAUUGCAUAGAAGCCAAAGGUAUGGAGUCCUGCCAAGAAUGAAGCCCAACUGACGCUUUAUAAAGAUGUAGUUGAAGACAGCGUGACUCGCUGCUUUGAAAUAUUUCGGGAAAUGAUUAUGCUUGUCACCAGAAAAUGAUUAUUUCAAAGCACUGCAACAAAAGGGAGUCUCUAAUCCUGCCUGUUUUAUUUAUUUUUUAUGUUGAUUCCUACAUACUUUCACUGCUCUUACCCUGUAAAUGACGUGUGUGGAGUGCUUGUUUUCCUAUAUCUUUGAGACUUGAGUGGGAAGAGAAUUUUGGAGGCGGGUCUUCCACUAAGAGACACACAAGUCGCCCAGAUCUCAAAAUAUACUUGGUGGGCGGCAUUUUCCAAUUCUUUUGCGAAGCUGCCAAACUAAUUUGGCAGCCAUCUCAAUGAUUUCAAAUUGCUCAAGGGUGCCAGGAUGUCACCACUCAAAUUAUUAUUUCACAAAAUGUUAUAGCACAAAAAUUAUAUUUAAAAAAUGGGCAGGCAGCACUUCACAGUUAAAUAACUGAAGUUCCGAAACUGGACUAUAUAAUCUUAUGCUGUGCAUCAUCAUGGCAGUUUGUUUGACAAUUUGUGUAAAAUUUGUCAGUGAUGCCAAAAUGGCACCAUUCGUAUUUGAAUUAUAAAGAAAGCAUCAGAAAUGCUCUGGAUAGAUGGAAGUUUGUGGCUUUUUGCUUUGCUGCAUGACUAACAUGACUGGAAGAAUUCAAUCUGCACACCUUUUACCGUCACAGAAUCUCCAUGCUGGUGAAGGCUUCCCCUUUUUGAAUUUUGGGGAAUUUUCUGGCAUGGGUUGAAAUCGCUGGAACUACAUAGGAACAGCCACUUUAUGCAAAUGCCUUGCCUCAUGGAGCUGUCUCUGCGUAUGUGGGCUUCGUGUACCCACACAUGGAGCUGCUUGCAGGCAUGACUCAGCCACAAUCAGAGCCAUAGCUAGGUGAUUUUGCACCCCUGGAAGAACUGUCCAGAUUGUGUCCCCUAAGGUAAAGGUAAAAGGACCCCUGACCAUUAGGUCCAGUCGUGGCCAACUCUGGGGUUCUGGCGCUCAUCUCGCUUUAUUGGCCGAGGGAGCCGGCAUACAGCUUCCGGGUCAUGUGGCCAGAAUGACUAAGCCGCUUCUGGCAAACCAGAGCAGCGCACAGAAACGCUGUGUACCUUCCCGCCGGAGUGGUACCUAUUUAUCUACUUGCACUGGCGUGCUUUCGAACUGCUAGGUUGGCAGGAGCAGGGACCGAGCAACGGGAGCUCACCCUGUCACGGGGAUUCGAACCACUGACCUUCUGGUCAGCAAGUCCUAGGCUCUGUGGUUUAACCCACAGCGCCACCUAUGUCCCCUAGCUCUUCUUUCUGCCCCUCCUCCAACCCCAACCCCUUCCACCCUUUCAAUUCACCCUCUAUUUAAAACCAUUUCUUAUGAGGCAAUACACUAAUCAAUAUUUAUAUUUAUGGACAUAUUUUCAUCCGAUUUUGUGCACCCCUGAUCGCCUAUGCCCCUGGCGGGGGCCCACCUCACCACACCCUAGCUACAGUCCUGGCCACAAUAACAGCAGCAAAGAGUGCAGCCCAACUUCUGUGAUGCUUCAGAUAUCUUGCCUCACAGGAAAAAAGUUACGGGAUAUAAAAUGAUUCAUUAACCACUCUUGUGGUACUUUUUGGAACAGCUUGUGAUACUUAGGCCUGACUCUGCAGUACAGGACCAUACUGAACAAAACAUUUAUUGACAACAAGGCUGACAAUCCCAGGUUCUCAGCAUGUUUCAAUCAUGAGUAAAAUUCACGGAAUUGCUUCCUUGUGGGUUGGGAAGAAGUGGAAUUGCCCAGAGGUCGAUUUGGGUUUUGAAAAUGAAGGAUUCAGUGAGAAUGUGUGAUGUUCUGGGAAGCUGGGAAGCUUGCCUCUGCCACCUCUUCCCACACAGCCUCAAGGACACAUGAAAUAUCAAACAUUCCACACAUCGCUCUGAUUACAAACAGUACUCUCCAUGCUCAAGGAAAGAGCAGUGGGCCUAGAUAGGAAUAGAUUGAUUUUUAAAAAACAAACAAACGGGCAGGGUUAAUGGCUCCAUUUUGUUGCUGUGCUCUGAAACAAUAAUUUAUCUCCCUACUUUCCCCAAAUUGCAAUAUGUUCUCUGGAUGAGCGUUCAGUGCAUGGCGGUAUUCUUAAGUGUUUGUGAGUAAGAGCUGCCCCUUGCUCUUCUCAGCCACAAUGCUAUGUAACCAGCAGAAUUUCAAGGAACCUUUCACUCUGCAUUCAGAGUAUGUGAUUUACCAGAGAGACAGAAAAAAGAGAUAAUAGUUAGAAGAAAGAAGGGGUGGUGGAAGAUACAUGUUUUUGGCCAGACAUUGAAAAGGAAACCUUAAGAACACUGUGGUACAUGUUUUCAGUUCUGACCCUCUAUGGGUACUUUGGCAUUAUAAUGCUGGGCUUCAUCUCAUAUCUGUCAGAAAUUCAAUAGGUGCAACUUUCUGUGAUGCUUUAUCUCCAUGAUCAAAGGAAGCUGUACCUGUUAAAUUUCUGCAUGCCUCAGCCUUUAAAGACACAGGAGCCAGCACACCCCCCUCCCAAAUAUUUUUAGCCCAAUGUAUUUUAAUUUUAUUUAUUUAAUAGAUUUAAGCUUCCUUUCAGGGUAUUUUCCCUUACAAGACAGUUCAUAACAUGGCAAAUAAUAGUACAGUGGUGCCUCGCAAGACGAAAUUAAUCCGUUCCGCGAGAGUCUUCGUCUAGCGGUUUUUUCGUCUUGCGAAGCAAGCCCAUUGACGGAUUAGCGCUAUUAGCGCUAUUAGCGGUUUAGCGGCUAUUAAAGGCUUAAAGGCUUAGGGGAUUAGCUGCUAAAAGGCUAUUAAAGGCUAUUAAAGGCUUAGCAGAUUAGAUAAAGGGGGAAGCGAAUAAAAAAUCUCAAGACUGCAUAAGGUAUUUUCGUCUUGCGAAGCAAGCCCAUAGGGGAAUUCGUCCUGCGAAGCAACUUCAAAACGGAAAACCCUUUCGUCUAGCGGUUUUUCCGUCUUGCGAGGCAUUCGUCUUGCGGGGCACCACUGUAUACAGUGGUACUGCGGGUUAAGUACUUAAUUCGUUCCGGAGGUCCGUUCUUAACCUGAAACUGUUCUUAACCUGAAGCACCACUUUAGCUAAUGGGGCCUACCGCAGCCGCCGUGCUGCUGGAGCACGAUUUCUGUUCUCAUCCUGAAGCAAAGUUUUUAACCCGAGGCACUAUUUCUGGGUUAGCGGAGUCUGUAACCUGAAGCAUAUGUAACCUGAGGUACCACUGUACUUAGAUUACACCUUAUUAAAAUAACUUGCUUUCUACUUGUUUUGAUAGAGAGGACAUUUUAUUUGCAACAGAAUGGAAUCUUAAGUUAUGCUCUGAUUUCCUUUAAGAAGCCGGUGAUGCCAUUCUACCCAAACCAUCUCCACAUGUUAAGUUUAUGCUUGACAUGUGGCAUUUAAAAACACACGAGUCCUGCUUGCAAAGAGCACUCUGAAUUCUGCUGUGGUGGCUGCGGCAUUUUUUGUGCAGCUUCUUUUGCAUUUUGAAAGGAUAAAGCUCACAAUCGUUUCAAAGCAUUCAAAGCAAACUUUCUAUUUGCAUUUCUCCCCCUCCCUUAAUUCCAGAGUAUUUGCGGCUUUUCUUUGCAUGCACAUGCAGGAAUCUCUCAAAGGGUUUUAGAAACCGGAAGCCCACUAGAGAGACACUACGACUAUGUAAACCCGUAUAACCUCAGCAUCUCUGCCUCUUUCCUGCCAACAGUAAGCAGUCCCAUCCCUAACUCCUUUUAAUCCCUUUUUAUUUACUGAAUUGUAAUUUGUUGACUUUGGGGACUGGACAUUGUUUGAUUUCUUGGACAAUCCAAAUUGAGUCCCACCCCCUUGGAUAAAAAAUUUGAAACCAAUGAUUUAAAUUACAGUACUUGUAUUGGUGUUCAUUUUGCUUUGUAGUUUCAGCCUGCGUGCUCCUUGUGUAAAGAAUGGAAAAAAGAGAUUUUGAAUCAUCACACGCACAAGAAUGGGGAAGUCCACUGGGGAAACUGCAGGCCUUGGCUCUGGCCAUCUAAUGCAUGGGAGUUGGCAAAGGUAAUGCCUGGAAGUUCUGUUAUGUAAACAGAGGCAUAGGAAGGUCAGGUGGUACCCGGUGCAGAAAAUUUCUUGUCACCCCCCCAUUGAUUUCUUAUUUUUUUUGCCUGCAAAAAUGGUUUUACGUUAUUUCAUAUUUUCUUACAAAGGAAUAAUAAUAAAUAACAAUAAUAAACUUUUAUUUAUAUUCUGUCCUCCCUGGCUGAAGUCAGGCUCAGGGCGGCUAACGUCAGAUAUAUAACAUUGGUUUAAAUUAAACAAUAAUUAAAUUACCUCAUAAAAACAUGUCAGAAUCAAAUUAAAGUCUAAUUAGAUGGUUUCCGCAGGGUUAGGGUUGGGAACAGUAAGUGCUCCACUGAAUUGAAAUUUCAGCCUUCACGACAUAGGAAAACGGCCAAGUAAACAGCUAUUUUUGUGGAGGAGGGUCAAGAUAUUAACUGAUAUGCAUGAAAUUUCAUAUAUAGCUACAUAAUCCCUAGUGUAGUAAGAUAAGACCUUUGGAGCAGGAAGUUUUUUUAUGACCCUCCCUAGUAGGGCAGUAAUUGUUCCUUGAUAAUUUGUCACCCCCCUCUACGAUGGAACCUGGGGUGACCCACCCACCCCCUACACCCCUGUAUGUAAAAUGGAUGUUCUGCUCCAGCUUUUGCAGCAUGCAGCAGGGGAGGAUAUAAAUCGGGGAUAGAGAAGCUGUGGCACUUCAGGUAUUGUUGGACUACAAGUUCCCAUAGGCUGCAGACAGCGUGGCGAGUGGUCAGGGUGAUGGGAGUUGUCCAGCAAUAUCUGCAAGGCCCUGUGUAUGAUAUGGCUAGUUUUGAAACUGCUUCAGGAGCAAGAAGCAGCUCGUGCUGCUCUGAAUUCUAGGCAACCAAUUGCUACCCUCUUUUGUUACUGCCACCUUUUGUCUUCUAUGAGUUUAUUCAGGUUUCUAUUCCUUCUUUAUUUCUGGAUUUGAACAGUCUGAGAAUUCGCCAAAGCAGCAUUUGUAAGUUUGUAUUCAGUUAGUAAGACCAAACAAACUCAUAAUAGCAUUUUAUCAUAUAGAAGUUGCAUCUCUCUUUCUCAGCAGAAGUUAUGUGAUUUUGACAAAAGCACAGCAGGCAGAUAUUCAACACAUGAAGCUGUGGACUGUGGUUGGCAAACAAAUCUGUUUAAUUUUAUGUCCGUAUUAGUGUUGCUGGGCCCUGUUAGAGAAAAUAGUGCCUCCAUUUCCUCCCAUUCUCCCAAGGAAAGACAGAAAGCCCAUGAAAACUGAUGUGUGGUGAUCAUACAUGUAUCUGUUUCACUGUGGCUUCCCACAGUGUAGGUGUGUGCUCUGGGAAACUGUGCCUCGUUGUGGCUCCCAAGAUGUAGACAUGCUGUGAAAUAGACAUCAGUACAAUCAACAUGUGAUGAAAAGCAUGUUGAUGAGCUUUGCAAGGCAAUACAUCUCACCCUAAAAGUCUUAUCUACAAGUUUGGUGCUUCAUUAUGGAAAGUGGAACUUGUUUUGGAUUCAAGAGGGAGUGGCAGCCUAAGGCUGACUAACAGUAGCUGAUCAGAAAAGUUCUAAAUUGUGUCCUCCUGUAUGGUGUGGAACAGUACGGAAUGACUAUGCAGGACUCCAGCGAGAGUAUCCAAUGGGAUUGUAAAGAGAAAAAGGACAGCAACAAGAUGCUAAUUAAACCACUGUUUUAGUGUUUGACAAAGCUACAAUUAAAUAAACAUGAGUUCUGAUAUAACUAUCAGUUAGAAAUAGUGUGUUACUAAUAGCUUCUGAAUCAGACAUUAACUGCAUGCGUUCUCCUUUGCUGUGUAGGCUUACAUGCCUCGUGGGAAAGCAGACAUUUGUGGUCCAGACAAAUGUGAUGCAUCUGCACUCUUAAACCUUUUCAACUUCUGCGAUCACUUCAGUAACAUCGAUCAGAAGAAAGUCAGAGAGGUAAUCCAACUACCGCUAUUGACAUCUUUUCUUAGCAGGGUUCCACAAACACCCUCACCAGGUUGCAAUCAGUGACUGCCUCUUCCAUUUGGGCAAGCAUCCUCUCCUGUCUACAGAGACCUCUAUCCGCCUCACAGAGCUACAGUUCCCAGAGUUGUAUAACAAUAAAUCCCAGAGAGCCAGUGUGGUGUAGUGGUUAAGAGCGGUAGACUCGUAAUCUGGUGAACCGGGUUCACGUCUCCGCUCCUCCACAUGCAGCUGCUGGGUGACCUUGGGCUAGUCACACUUCUCUGAAGUCUCUCAGCCCCACUCGCCUCACAGAGUGUUUGUUGUGGGGGAGGAAGGGAAAGGAGAAUGUUAGCCGCUUUGAGACUCCUUCGGGUAGUGAUAAAGUGGGAUAUCAAAUCCAAACUCUUCUUCUUCUUCUCUUCCCAAGAAAUCUGGAAACUGUAGCUUUGUGAGGGGAGUAGGAGCCUCCUAACAGCUCUCAGCCCCCUUAACGAACUACGGUUCCUAAGAUUAUUUGAGGGAAGCCAUAACUGUUUAAAGUGUUAUGAGACUGCUUUAAACAUAUAGUGCAGAUGGAGCUUAAAUUGUGCAUGCCUACAAGUAUAAAAUGCAAUAUAAUAAAGUGCUUAAGGCUGGUUAUCAUAUAGCAGCCUCUGAGGAGGAGACAGUUGAGGAACAUAACAUUGGCAAGGUGUUCGCCGCACGGAGCAUUUCCAUUCUAGUAACAACAAUAUGUGGCUCUGAUGUGAAAACAGAUCACUCAGUCAGCAACCCCUAACGCAGGGCUGUAACUUGAGGGUUGGUUUUUGCUUACCAUUGCCCUACACUGAGUUUUCAGUCUACUGGUUUUGCUUCAUGUUUUUAUCUCUAGGUGAUUAAGUGCCGCAAUGAACUAAUGCAUUCUUCAGAUAUGAAAGUCUCUUCUUCCUGGCUGAAAGAAUUUGGGAAUCAUGUUCAGAACUUGCUAACUGAAUUUCAACACAUUCCAGAGGCCCAGACGGCUCGUACAAGGAUAGAAAAGGUAAUAGUUGCCAUUCUUUCAACUUGUAGGCUGGCUGCUAUUCACCUUUUUUUAUUUUAGCUAGGCACAGUAUUGAAUAUAGAAAUGCAACAGUCUGUAUCCAGAUGGUUUGCACUCUAAAUCAAAGCUUUUGUGCUUGAUCAAGGAUAUCUGAGGCUGUUUCAUAAUUUGUUGAUUCAAGGUUUUUGGGCACAUUGAUACAAUUUAGUUUUACUCUUGAGUUUACCAUAUCAAAAGUUUAUUUUUUUGGGGGAAACAAAACAAAACAAUAGUACAGCAUUUUAUCUGCAUGUUAUAUAGAUGGAAAGGUAAAACUUCUGCAAGGCAGAUAGCCUUGCAUGGAGGCAACAGGCAUUAUGCUAUGUGGCAUUUUUAAAAAAAUAAUAACUGGUUAAAUAAUGUACCUAUGUGGGAGAACACAAAAGCCAGGAUACAAAAUCUAUUUUGGGCCCACUACUGGAAUAAAAAAAAAUCUUUGUUCAGCAGACUUUUAUGCUGUAUCACAUAACCUGCUUCUGAAACUUCCCAUAGUUUCAAAACAGUUCAUUUGUUUUAGAAAAGAAUUUAAGUAAAAAGAGAUUAUUUAAAAAUAGAAUUAGUAAAUGGCAGGGACAUUGCUGCAGAGGAAUAGCCAAACCACCAUUUUUAAAAUUCUUUUAAAGAAGUUCAUUACUAUGCAUACCUAUCUGGAAAUAAGUCCCAUUGAAGUUUACUUCUGAGUAGACAUGCAUAUGAUUCCACUGGGAAUUGUUUAAAUGUGUUCUUUUGCAGUGAAGGUAUAGCCUCCAAAUAAUGUUUUUAAAUCCACAGAAUGCCAGUAAGUUUCACAAACUACAGUGGUACCUCAGUUUUCGAACGUAAUCCAUUCCGAAAGACCAUUCGAGUUCUGAAAUGUUAGAAAGCCUAAAACUCAACAGCCGACAGCUAGGCCUCAGGAUCUUGCACUCAGCGGAAGCAUGUUUGAAAACCAAAGCAUUUACUUCCAGGUUUAUGGUGUUCGAAAACUGAAAUGUUUAUCAACAGAGAUGUUCAAAAACCGAGGUGCCACUGUACUUGGCAUACCUCAGUAUUGUCAAAUACUGUUGCUCAUCUCUAAUGUCACAAACAACAUUGACUGGAUCCAAAGAAAUGUGUAACUAGUUCCAUCUGUAUUUCUCAAACAGCAUCUUGUGCUUUUGGGGUCAUUGAAACCCUUAAGUGUAUUAUUUUGUCAAGAAACCCAUAGCUUUUCAUGUUCAUUUUGUUUUUACUAAAACCCAAUAGCUUCUGUCAUCUGAUUGGGCUGUGCAUGUACCAGGGGGAGAUCAGCUUGAUGGAUUGGAGGGUGAAAUGAAUCGAAGCCAGAUCAGUGAAAUAGAAGCAGAACUGAUAAAAGAGAGACUUCAUGAAAUCAGUCUUCUCGUGGAAGAACAAGGAAUGAUGUCAGAAGAGGUAACCUAAUUUGAAAACAUAAAAGCAGGCUUGCACUCAUGCUUAAGAGUUUGAUGCUAAUAGGUCCAUCUGUGUAAUAAGAGGGGUGCAUUUAGAGGGUUCCUCAGAAUUUAUUGGAAUAAACCUUUUCAGAUGAAUAGAUUAUUGCUUGCCCAAGGAAAGCUUGUUCCAUGCAGUUGAGCUCCCAGCACCUCCAUUGUAUUUGUACCCUAAUAGAAAACACUGCUUCGCUUUAAAAUUCAACUGGAAUACAUUUGCCAGGGUGCUUAAAACCUACCCCUAGGGCAUGGACUGAUAACACACAAAUAUAGACAUUUUGCCUCACACUAAGUGGCUUUGGGUCAAGUCAGUGCCUAGAUGCCACGAGGGAUCCGCAUAUAAGCUGGCUUGAGUGCUUUGAUGGAGGAGAGGUCCUAUAGAAAUUACUACUCAGUGUUGAAAUUUAGAAUAGUGAUCUCUUUUUUUUCUGUGAAGCUUCUUUCCUUCAGUUUUAGCAGAUGUGUCUCUGCUCCGAGAAAGAAGCUACCUGCUCAGCCACCUUAGAUCUACGUUACCUCUGGGACAGAAAUAGAAUCAUAGUACUGGAAGGGACCUGAGGGUUCUCUAGUCCUACUCCCUGCAAUGCAGGACUCCUGCUCACAGCUGUCCCUGGGUGGGCUUGAACCACCAUCCUUUUGGUUGAUAACCAGAUGAACUGACCCAUUGCGCCACCUGUAACGGAAAUGGGAUAAGUCCUUUCACUGAGUAGCCCAAUUGUGCACAGAGGUUCCCAAGGAAGCUGUAACUGUACCUUCUGCCCCUCAGACAGGAGGGGGUCCAGGGCAGGUUUUUUGAAGGGCAGACAGAAAGAGCACCCAGCCUACAAGGCUCUUCCCUGAGCCCAAGGUAACCUGCUUUUUCCUCUCAGGUCCCUGAUGUAGCUUGUCACAAAAGUGGUUCAGAGAGGAGAAGUCCUUUUGACUCUGGCAGAAAUGUACCCAAGACGUCAACAGCCAAAUUUUACGAAGUUUAUUAAGAAUCAAAAAGAAAGGUAGAGGAGAAAUGAAAGAGGCAGAUUGUUUCUUCAAGAAAAUAACAAGCAGCAGCUUUUAGAUCAAGUGUCCAUCCUGUUAUAGCUACUUACAGUGAGGUGAGCCAUCCAGGUGUAGAACAGCAGCUUUUCCUCUACUCCUGGAUGUAACUCCUCCAUACACAGAUUAUGGAAGACUGGGGAAAUUUAGCAAACUCAAAGGGACAGAUUGAGGAGAGCAGGUGGAGCUUCCAUUUUAUAGUUCCUUGUGUCUGCUUAGUUGUAGGUGAUCAAUGAUGGAGAAACACGUAUCUGUUAAAAACCAUCCUCCCCUAGUAUUUCAGUGAAAAAAGGAAUUACUCAUCUGUUUGCAAUACAAACAAUUCCAGCUUGUGCAAGAACGUAGCGACCUGAAAGUUGACAUUUGGCGUCUCUUUAUUUUGUGUUCAAUGAAUGUAAAUUAUACUUAUAGCACGUAUGAGCCCAUCAACUAGGUUUUGAGGCCUUGUGGUAAAGGUCACAAGUACUUUGAGUCUGUGAAGGCUUUGAAUCUUGCACUGAUCACAGAGUUGACAUUACGUAACUCCCUCCAAAUGCCAACAGAGAGUUACUUAAGACGCAUGAUCUUGCCAUUCAUGAGAGAACAACCUGCUCCCCGUGAUCUUGCUGGUUGAAGUGGCCUCAUGCUCCCUCAACAACUAUCAGUUGGUUACUUCAGAAUUACCUUGCCCCCUCCCCCUGAGGUAAAGGCAGAGGAGCCUGUUGCCAGAAAAAAGAGCAGGCAGCAGCAUAUAGUUAAACCUGCAACAUGCUUGGGAGGCAGCUACUGAAAAGCUUUUGAAGCCCACUUCAAAAUAUAUGUAUCUGAAGUGUUUCUGUCAUGUAUUGCCUUGGGAAUUUUGUGUGCGUGUGUCUGUGGAAACAUAAUUAAUAAAUGCAACAGAAUGUUUAGGGAAUUAAAUGCUGAAUAUAAGGAAAUUCCAUCCCCCUCUUAGUUUGUGAACUGCUUAAAUCUAUUUGCAUAGUAAUUAAAUAAAUGGAAUCAAGUAAGUUAUUCAUGUAUUCACUGGAUAUAUAUUUUUUUAACGGCGAGAACCGGAGACCACUCAGUGUCUGAACUAAUGAACUCUUCUAGUAUUGCGAGAGACAUUGCAGUGUUCUUUUUUCCCUUCUUUGUAUUGUGUUGGUUGAUAGUGAUGAAUAUAGGAUGGAAUGUAGUCUUAUAGCUGAAUGGGUUUCUUGUCCUGCCCUUUACCUGCCACUUUAGUACAGUCAGCAAAGGGCUUGCUGCCCACAAUUGUGGCACAAUUAAUUUUUGUCCGAUGCUGCAUUUUCCUGUGCUUCCCUGAUAUGCCUAACAUCGCUCACUUCAUUCAUUGCUCUGCUGUCGGGUAACUCGUGGCUUUUUUUUCCAUAUUAGCUUCCUGAUUUCAGCUUUAAAGAUUAUAUACUUCUAGCUUCAGAUGAAGUGGCAAGUUCUGCAGGUAAAAUAGUAAAAAGGCUUUUUUUAGAAUAGAAACAUUUGUCUACUGCUUUAUAGAAACCUUUUUAAAUUAGGAAUUGCAGGUCUUGCAAGAAGCAUUGGAAAGAGAGAGAAGCCACAGACAAACCAGAGAACAGGGUUGGUGUAGCAAUUUGUGUGCAUUGGGUUGGCGGUGAUAAGCUGAAAUUCAGAUCCAUCUUCUGCUAUGAAACUCUCUAGGUAGUAUCGAACACUUACUUGCCUGAGAUGCUUUUGGUGAGGUGGUAAUAAGAACAAAAUAAGAUCCUGGCAAAGGCUCAUCUAGUCCAUCAUCCUGUUCUCAUUUCACAUUUUUUACUCACAAGGUAUUUCUCCCCUUCUUAGGAUUUAAACAGAAUACAAAUUGUAAAGGAUUUCUUAAAUGGCAACCAUGAUCUUCAAAGAAGUUUGCAGGCUGAAAUGCAGAACCUAGAAGACCUCGUGCAAAAAUUGUACUGCCAAAAACAAUCCAUGAAAGAAACCCAGGAAGUGAACGAUGAGGAGACAUAUGAAGGCAAGUGCAUAUGUUUAAAAUGAAAUUUGUGUUUUAUCGCUCUAACAAGUCGCAUAGCAAAACUCACUGACACAUUGUAAGGUGUUAGGAAAGAACCUUAGGAAGGAAUACCGCCUUACAGAAAUCAGAAUAUGCAGCUUUGAGAUUGCUUUUAUUUGGAUUGCCAUGAGGCAGACCUUUGGUAAAUAAGGCCAGGUGCUAUUCUUAAGUAUGCAAAAUAUGUAAUGUUGUCUGUGCUUUUGUUUAAUUUUUAGAUUGUCAUUUAGAAAAAAGGAAGCGUACGAUAUGAAGAAUGUGACUCUACUGUGAAGAUGUCAUGCGUUACCAAAUAGGAAACUUGCAUAAUUCCACAGGAAUGCUCAUUUAAAGAGCAAUCCUUUUUUCAAGUUAUAUUGGAAUUUGGAGAAUAAACCUGAAGGGUCAACAGUCAUUUCCUUAAAAAUUCCAGUUUCCUUUGAACUGUAUUAUGGCUUGCUUUCAGAGGUUUAGUAUUUUGCUGUCUACCCAGGACAGUUUGAUUUGUUUCACCCCUGUGCAAAUGUUUUGACCAUACUGCUUCCUCUUGACAAAUGGAACUAUCAAUUUUGUAAUUUCUCUAUUUUACAUUGCACCAAAUGCAAUCUUAAUGUGCGUAGCCCCAUUAGGACAUGACCCCUCCUCACUCUUUUGUUUAACACAGCCUUUUUCUCAUGAAACUAAAUAGUGGCUGCAUUCACAUGACAGUUAUUUUCCAUCUCCAUGAUGUUUCCCUGUUAAAUUCUACAUUAAUGCAAGUCCAAGACUCAAAAUUUAAAUUCUUCCAAGUUCACCAUGAGCAAAAUCAUGUGAGGAUUCUUUGUAUUCAUUAAAUAAGUUAUUAUAGUCCAGCAACAAUGAUCAUUUACUACUGUGUCUUAAUGUGCUCUUUCCUAAGUGUGAAGUAGGGGGGGGGGGAAUUAAUACACGGAGCUCCAACUUAGGGAGUAGUUGCAGCAAGCCUGACAAUUAAUGUUUGUCAAAUACUCUAAACCUGAAAGAAAUUACUUGUAAGAUAGGAAAAAAUCCAGUAAAGGGGCCCUUUUCACAGCAACUGAACCUGGUAAACUCGAAAGAAUUUAAAUUUUGAGUCUUGGACUUGCAUUAACCAAAUUCCUGGGCAGAGGAUCAGUAGCUGUGCAGGAACACGAAAACCACCGUGAGUUAUUUCAGAAAAGCAUUCAGGUAAGCUGAAUGCCUCUGGUGUAACUGCUGGCUUUUCUCAAGUGUAAAGGGGCUAGCGUAGGGUCUUGCUCUGUUCAGAAAUUUAGGAUUACAUUUGAAUGGCCAAUAUAGGACUUGCAUGAGUUAGUAUCUUAAACAGGAGAGCAGGAGUGAGUACCCUCGCUGAAACUGCCUGCACAUAAAGGCAGAAGAACGGUAAUACAGUGGUACCUCGCAAGACGAAUGCAUCACAAGACGAAAAACUCGCAAGACGAAAGAGUUUUCCGUUUUUUGAGUUGCUUCGUAAGACGAAUUUCCCUAUGGGCUUGCUUCGCAAGACGAAAAACGAAAACGUCUUGCAAGUUUGUUUCCUUUUUCUUAAAACCGUUAAUACCCAAGGUGACUUCGAGGAGCAACUCAUAGCACGCGGUGUGGUAGCCUUUUUUGAGGUUUUUGAAGACUUUGGUGAUUUUGAAGACUUUGGGAAACUGUGCUUCGCAAGACGAAAAAUUCGCAAGACGAAAAAACUUGCAGAACGAAUUAAUUUCGUCUUGCGAGGCACCACUGUAUGAAGAAAAAGCAGGUGCUUAAGUAAUAAGCCAUUAGAAUAACACAAAUCUUGACAAGCACAAACAUUUAUUCCAUAUAAAUUAGGAGGAAAAACAUUGUCCUCUAAUGCACACAUGAUCCAUUUAGGGGAGAGAAUGUGCUUCAAUACCUGUUUCAUUAUCUGUUAGAGGGAUGCGGUUUAGAAGGCUGAUGAUAGACUCUCAAAAAUUCAUCCAAAUCCAAGGUUUGGUCGCUUCAACAUACAUAACAACGAACUGCCACACUGAUACAACUGUAUAACAUGGCAUUAUUUGUUAGGAUCAUGUCCUAUUUGAUAUCUCAGGUAGGACUAGGUACAAAAAUGGCCUUCUCUCAGCUGUCUCGGUAAAAUCACCUGCGUUUUCAAAAGGCUUCUUGCAUAUAUCACAGCUAUAAACUACAAAAUCCAGUGGUCUACUCAAUGCCAGUAAAAAAAGAAUGGAAUAGUUUGAUAGUGAUGAAUUUGUCCAAUUGGUUCCAGUGGAUAACUUACUCCGAUUGUGAGUCAAAAGCCUUAUGUUGUCCCACACUAUGAAUUACUGGAGCCCAGUUAAUAAAUACAGGCUCCAGAAUAGAACGAAAACUUGAAUCAGUUAACAGUUGAUAAAGGGCACAAGGAUGCUAAUGGAUUUAGAUAUGUCUAACUCUGUGCAGUUUUCAUUUUACAUUACUAGGUAGUUUUAAUUUUAGAUUUCAUUUUAGGACUGAUUUGUUAGUUUUAGGAUUGAAAAACAGAUGCUUGAUCUAGUAAUAGAUCUGCUGAUCUGCAACAGGACUGAUCAAUCUUUUAACUUAUAUCAAGUGGCUUAUGCACCUGGUAACCAUUAUAGCAGGUUUUUUAGACUGGAGGACACUUAAGUUAGAAAGUAAAAGUUUCAUACAGAAUCUUUGUAUAUAAAGAAUAAGUACUCUAAAGCAGAAAACAUUUAUGUCUACUGCUAGAGAUGGAAAGAUUGCACUAAAACUGGAAGUAAAGUAUUCUUCAUAUAUCGUUUUUGCAAUUGUACAUAUAAUUUCACCUCUAAAAAUGGAAUUCAAGCAGCUAGUUAAUGUAAUCUGGGAACACACACCUAUCAUGUUUAACCUCAAUUGGGUUGGAAGACACAGGCUACUUAACACAUUUCAGUGUACAUGUUGAAGACUCUGCCCUGACAGAGACUGGAAGAAGCUGCCAUGAAGAAACCUGUUGCAAGAUGUGACCAACACAGACUUUUUGUGACUGAAAUUCUUGAAGAAGCCAUCAAUAUUUUUAAGAGCAGCUCUGAUAGUGAACCCAGUUGAUGCCAAAAAUACAAGUGCAGAAGAAUCACUGGGGAAAAGGAUAAAGCCGGGCAAUGAAAAAGCAUUUAUAAGCAAGAUCGACAGCACUCAGAAGAUGACUUCUCAUCGCAAAAGGAAAAGGGCUGUAUCUUCUCAGUGCCCCGCUGACAAGGUGCUUGAGAAAAAACUGGUAGAGGACAAAGUUAAGAAGAAGUUGAAAGAACUUGAAGCUAAUCACCAAAAAAAGAAGGUCAUUUGUAGAGCUCUACAGCUGGAAAAGGUGAAGCGAAGGAAGGAAGAAGAGGCUGAACAACAAAGGAAACAAAACUGGAGGAGGGGGGAAACAGCAGUUGGGAAAAAAGAGUCAGAAGUGUAAAGGUCACCUUCGCAAGGCGCUGCAGGCUUGGGAGCAGAUGGAAGAAGAGAACACAGCUUGAGCAAAAGCUUGCUCAGCAAGUUGGAGAAGCAUGGAGAAGAAAUCUACUAAUACCAACAGCCAUACACCCAUAAUAAACACUACUUGACACUAGUGUAGCAUUUGAGAUUGUGAAAAGUCCUCAGUUGGAAGAAAUCUUCAACAGCAAGCCAUGCUACUUCAAACACAACUGUCCUAUAGUGCAGAACUCUCCACCACACCGAGGUGGCAAAACAUGCUCGAGAGAGAGACCACCUAGAUCUCGUGUAUCUGGUGUUUUUGUGCAUGACAAUUUUUUGUCGCUUUAAAAAAUAUGUUACAUUCUUCUUAUUUAUAUUAAUUAUAUGUUUUUCUUAUUUGUGCUAAUGAAUGGUGUACUCUGUUGAUGCCCUUAAAAAAAAAAAAAAGCAUUGCUAGCAGCAGCAUAAGAGCUGUGUAGCAGCUAGGACAACCUUGACCACCUUUUUGCUCAGAUUUUGCUUUGCUCUCCCCUUCCUGCUGCCACCCAGGUAUUUGUUUCACAACUGAUAUAUGGCUCCCAGGUGUGCAAUUAUAAAAACACUGCUCCUUUUGAAAUUUUACAAACUAAAUUUUAUUGCUCUUUGCUGGGGAUUUCAUCCUGUGUGCCCAACGUAGCAGUUCACCUGGAGGUUGGGCAAAUUCCAGUUAGGUCCCAGAUAUUAAUUUUGAAGAUCCAUUAUUGGUUAAAACUGAUUUUCUUCCUGGUAGGUCUGGCACUCUUAACUUUAAUAGUUACAUGCCAAACAAAAUGGAAAUCUUCACUGCAAGAGAAACUGAGAAGCCAAGGGUUCACACCUCAGGCUCUGAUACCCUGUGGCAUAGCUGUCAACUUUUCCCUUUUCUUGCGAGGAAUCCUAUUCGGAAUAUGGGAAUUUCCCUUAAAAAAAGGGAAAUGUUGACAGCUAUGCCCUGUGGAUAUGAGAAAACCAAAUCCACAAUUAAGCAAUGAAUCUUGGAUGCUGAUUUGCAAUGCCAUGUGCAUGAAAUGGCCACGUAUCCAGAAAUUAAAGGUAAUGGGAGGGGGUUUACUCCAGCGAGGUAUUUAUCCAAGCUAGAAAAACCCAAAUUUAGAUGACCGUUUACCCUUGCCAGGCUCAAUGUCCUACCAUCUGCAUUACUGCAGGCUGAUUUGAAGGUAAAACAUUCAGAGAGAAUAUGCCGAUGUGGUUUGAAGGAAGUUGAAGCUGUUACUCAUGUCCUACAAUACUGUCAUUAUUAUAGGGACAUAUGUUCUAUAUUUAUCACUCCAAUCAUGCAGCGAAUCCCAAGCAGAUCUGAUGAGCACUACUUCAAAUAUCUAAUAGAGGAAAGUGGCUAAAUUCUGUGCUGCUGCUGCUGCUGCUGCUGCUGCUGCUAUAAAAUUAAAGAGACAAGCUCUGAAUGAAUUUAAUGGCCAAUGUCUUUAACACACGUAUUUUAAAAUGGCAGUUAAGGUUUUAGCCUACAUAUUUCAAUUGUUUUAUAUCUGUAUUAUUUAUCGUGUUCCAGCUUAUAGAGUUUAAAUUUAUUUAUAUUUACAUGUUCUCUAUUGCUGUAUAUGUCUGUAUUUCUGGUCUGUGACUGUAAUAAAUCAAUUUAAAGCUGCUCUCCUUGAAAGGAGAACCAACCCAGAAGAUCCUGGACCCCCUCCCCACUGAUUUACAGCCAGUAGGUUGGCCCCCACCACAAAAUCACACCUCUCCACUCUGUCUUGCACUGGUGGUUAACUCAGGAGGUUAAGAGGGAUAAAAAGCACCAGGCCAAUGUGAACGCUUUUUUUUGGAUGGGGGGUUAGGAAGAAGGGUGGCAGUGUGCAGUUUUUAUAUUCAUCUAGUAGUUAGUGAAUGGCAGCAUUGCUUUAUUGUUUGUAUAUUGCUUACAUUUCUACCAUUAUGUGUUGAGCUGCUGUAUUGUUUUUGUUCCCAAUAUGAAUAAGAAUAGGCUGUAUUUA